GCCUCUGUUGACAUUUUGUGGUGCAAUACACGGGUUUACAAACUGUGUAUAUAAGCAACAGUCGUGGCUUGUCAGCAUAAACAUGCAUUAAAAGGAGCAUCAUGAGAGGACGAGGUAGAGGACGUGGUCGUGGCGGACGGGGAGGUGGCAGAGGACGCUCCAGAGGUCAAGGUGGGUAUAGGGCUGCUAGGUCAGCUUCCAAGGACAAAACAGAGGAGGGUCCAAAACAGGAGUUAGACGUUGAUAAGAACGUCACGUCAUACUUUGUUGGCAGUGUGUCCACUGAUGAGCACUUUGAAGCCCAGAGUAAAAACAGAGACAGAUAUGCGGCAGCAAUGGCCGUGCUACAGAAGAAUGGGGUGGACAUUGCUCAAAAUGCUAGAAUCCGAGCACUAGCUGCUGCCUGGGCAAGGCACGAUUACAGUCUGGCAGAGGCUUUCCUGCAGGAUAGAACCAGGUUUGGACUACUGGAGGUUCUAAAGGCGGUCACACUGCUUGACUCUGGCAGGCAGGUACGAGUUCUGGAAAAGAAGCUGAAACGCCUGCAGACAUCUGCUGGGAAGGCGAAACCUCACACACUAGGCAAACUGAAGUCAGACAUUGAUAACCUCAACACGAACAAACCACUGAAUGGCACAGCAAGUGGAGCUGUGUGUAAGCACAUCAGGCGGUGGGUGAAGAGGUUUACAGCGGAGGAGCUCGAGUUCUAUGCCAUUCACUUCCCCAAGGACCCAUGGAAGAAACUAGCUGACAUUGUCCAUUUCCAUCCAAAAGAGGACUUUACAUCCAUGGACUGGUUCUUGCCAUACUGCUUUGGAGGUGCCGCACCGGAGGGAUCCAUGGUGGAGAGAUGUCAGGCCCUUGUAGCAAAGAACUCCACCGACACUGACAUGGAUAUCAAUGCGCUAAUCAAGGAGUUUCCUAUUCCCUACACGGUGGUUAAACCUCAUCUCUCUAAGCUUACAGAUGACUCAAAGGCCAGGAUCGCAUCGUGUGAGAAGAAGCUUGAUACCCUUCUGUGGUGGUAUGAGGAUCUCAAAUGUGCAGCUGUUGAUGAGAUUAUUCUGAAGCGUGUUGAGGGCGGGGAGGAGAUCAACCUACCCAAUGGGAAACUGCUGGAGAGACUAUUGUACUUGAAGAUGCUUCGGGAGAACAUAUCAAACCAGCGCUGUUACUAUGGUUCAGAUCCCGCACCCGAGAAGAGGACAGCUGAUGAGACAAUAGCCCCAUUCUUCAAGUACCUCAUUCCACCAUGCCAGAAGAAAGUGGAUGCUAUCAGCCUCUCCCUGGAGACCCCCAUUGUGGUUAUUGGAGAUGCGUCCGGGUCAAUGGAGGUGGCCAUCCGGACUAGCUCGAUCAUUGCAGGACUGCUAAGUGCCAUCUGUCAGGCCAAGCUUGUAUUUUUCAAUACAGAGAACAGACACGCCCCCUAUGUUCCCAAGAAUAUUGAAGAGGUUUUGCAGCUUGCAGUAGACACAAGGGCGGGUGGAGGUACAACGCCCGCAGCCAGCCUCUGGCCCUUCUACAAUGAGAAAGAGGUUGUUAAGACGUUCAUCAUUGUCACAGAUGAAGAGGAGAAUGGAAAGUGCCAUGACAUGUAUUUUGAUGAGAUGUUCCAGAAGUACCAUGACGAGGUUUUCCCCGUGAAAAUUGUCUUUGUCUCAUUCUUCUAUAACCAGACUAAUCGCGGACACAUGUUGCCUAAAUUGGAGACCCGGGGGUUCAAACCCAUGAGGUUUGUGUUUGACACAAGCAGGCCGGACCUGACGAAGCUUGAUAAACUGUUUGGAAUGCUAGCAACUGGGUCCUCAGGGUUCAAUAAUGAGAUUGAUGAGAUGGAGGCUGUUAUUAAACAAGAUGGACUAACAAAGGCGUUUGAAAGAAUGGAGAUAGAGGGAAACAUGAACUGACAUUCUAGCAGAGAUUAUUUGUUUAACUUAGGCCCCCAAAACAUGUUUCCUAUUUCACUGUCCCCCAAAAUACAUGGAAUAUAUAUAAAAAGAAAAAGUCUGUGAGUUUUAUCUGAAUACCAUUGUAACACUUAAAACUUUUGCCAUUUGGUCUGAAUAAACGCUAAUUAUGAAUGCUCUUUUAAAGCAAUACAUUAACGCAUCUUUCUAAAGCCAGUAACUACUGAUUAUAUAUUACUAAAAGAAGAACAAAUUAACAAGCAGAUAAUCAAAAUACAAUAUAGGGUUAGAUGGAAAAAGGUAGGUCUGGAAGCCAGAAACAUUUUUGAUACCCAUUAUUUUAACUUUUAACUUUUUAUGUCAUUGUAAAACUUGGUGUGUAAUACUCAAUCGUGACAUGUUUUCUUUUGUUCUGUUUUUAUGCCUAUUGAUAUGAAGCAUUUUAUCCAAUUUUAGUACUUGAAUUUUUUCAAUUUAUUUUAGUAUGAUAAUAUUGUGAGAUUUUGUCCAUGGUGUAAUUAAGGUAUUUUAUUUUUUCAUGUUACAGGUUAAGUUUAAUAUACAUAUGUAUAUAUUUCUGUACAUGAAACUGUCUGUGAUAUGUUUUUAUAUGUGAACAUUAUUUAAGAAAUCUAACACACCACUGAGGUUCAUAUGACAUUAUAAGGACCGGCCAGUCAGCCACCAAAAGUGUAUAUGGACCGGGGGCUGAUUGACUGGUCCUUAUAAUGCCAUAUGGCCCAAAGUGGUGUGUUAUAUUUCUUAUAUUGUACCAAACACUUUUCAUUACAAGACUAUUUUUAAAGCGAUUUAAAUGUGUCUUAUUUAACAAACCUGAUAAUGUUUACUUGUGACAAGUUUUCGCCGUUGUGAAAAUAGCAAGCCGCACUAACAAAUUGUAUGACGUCACCGGUCCAUAUUAUAUUUUUGGCGAGGUCCGGACCGGCCAAAAAUAUAAUAUGGACCGCUUACGUCAUAAAACUGGAUUUUCAUCAAAAUACAAUGGUAUACGGACCGAUCGAGAUUAUAUAUUUAAAGAAGGGACAAAUUUAUAUGAGGUAACCGUAUAAUAUAUAUAUAUAUGAGUAUGAGUGUGUGCAAUUACCAACCAAUAACCACUAUAUACUUUUUGGUGGUUUUAAACCAAAUUUUGCUGUUAUAUAUGAAGACAAGGACAUUUUCUGUAUUCUGUUUAUUAGUAAAAUAUGUGCAAUCUUUAUUGUAAAACAAUUGUUCUGUGAUACAUGAGUUUGUUUUGCAUAAUGCAUUUAUUUACAAAAUGUAAAAACUGUUUACAAGUAUUGACAAUUUUGUUAAAUAUUGUUAACACUAAUUUGUAGGACACUUUAUUGACAUUAAUUAUUGUACUAUCCUUGUUAAACACUUGCCCCCUUGAUUUGGGCAGCAAAUUACUAAUAAAGUAUGGACAAGUU